AGCGCCUUGGGGGAAGGCGGUCCCCGCGCCUUUUGGCGUUCCCUGUGCCCUUUGGGGAUCCCUGGACACUUUGGAGGUCCCUCCAUCCUUGCCCCGCCGGGAAAGCACCGCACCCCGCUCCGCCUUUCAGAGGGCAGCUCUCUCUUGCAGCUGGGCAAUGAUGUGAAUUUAAUGGAUCCAAGCUUCCAGCAGAAGCUGGAGGGUGAGAAGGAGCUGCUCCGCCGGGCCAUACAGAAGGAGCUGAAGAUUAAAGAGGGAGCAGAAAACCUGCGCAAAGCCACGACUGACAGAAAGAACCUUGUCCACAUCGAGCACGUGCUGAAAUCUUCCAACAGAAAACUGGAGCAGCUGCACUGGGAACUUCAGGAGCUCAAUGCAAGGAUUUUGAUACCAGACAAAGAGAAGAGUACAACAGAUGGAUCUGUAUCUCCAGAUCCCUGUCUCUGGGAAAGAAACCCAGACCCCAUGGCAAGGAAGGUUGAAGCUUUGAAAAAGCAGCUGCAUGUUGAAAUGAAAGUGAAACAAGGAGCUGAGAACAUGAUCCAAAUGUAUUCAGCAUCCAAGGAGAGGAAGCUGUUGGCCACAGCUCAGCAGAUGCUUCAGGACAGCAAGACAAAGAUUGAAAUAAUCCGCAUGCACAUUGUGAAAGUAUCUCAGUCAGCAGGAGGGAUGGAAGAUACAGUGGAUCCAGCAGUGAAGAUGGGGACCACCAUCAGUGCUUUGGAGCUGCGGAUUGAGGAGCUGAGGCAUCACCUGCGCAUUGAAGCUGCUGUAGCAGAGGGGGCAAAAAAUGUGCUGAAGAUCCUGGGGGGCAGUCGGGUACAGGAUCGCAAGUUUUUGGCUGAGGCUCAGGGUCGUUUGCAAGAGUCCUCUCAGAAGAUUGAUCUGCUGCGCUUCUCCCUGGAACGUCAGCUCAGUGAGCUUUCUCCUGAUCACCCAAAAAGAGCCCUCAUCAAACAGGAGCUGGUGAACACUUCCUCCCUGGGAGCCCGGCAUGGCAGCACGCAACCCACCUCAGUCAUCAAACCUACAGCCCUUACAGGAACGCUGGAAGUGAGGCUGAUGGGGUGUCAGGAUCUAUUGGAAAACGUUCCGGGACGUUCCCGAAUGACGAGUUCCUCUCCCAUCUGUGGCAGCCCCAGUGAUUUGAGGUCCCUUUCCCGGACACGAGUUGGCCUGGGCAUCCAUGGCCGUGGUGUUGCAGGAAAAUACCGGAAUGAGGAGCCAAGCAAUGAAGUCCUUGCUGUGCUCAAAGUGGACAAUAAAGUGGUUGGCCAAACAAACUGGGGACCAGUUAAUAACCAGGCGUGGGACCAGAGCUUUGCCAUUGAGCUGGACCGGUCUCGUGAACUAGAAAUUGCAAUUUAUUGGAGAGAUUGGAGAGAGCUCUGUGCAGUGAAGUUUUUACGUUUGGAUGAUUUUCUUGACAAUGAACGUCAUGGGAUGUGCCUCUCGCUGGAGCCCCAAGGAAUGCUUUUUGCAGAGGUGAUGUUCUGUAAUCCUGUCAUUGAGAGGAAGCCAAAACUGCAGCGACAGAAGCGCAUUUUCCCCAAACAGAAAGGGAAGGAAUUUCUCCGAGCUCCUCAGAUGAACAUGAAUGUUGCAGCUUGGGGUCGCCUGAUGAUGAGUUUGCUCCCUCCCUGUAGUUCCAUCAGCACUCUGAGUCCCCCACUUCAUGAUCCCAAUCACACAGACUUUCCUCCAGUUUCCCCACAAAGCCAUGGGGAUUCAGGGUCCAAAUUGAGUAGUGAUUUCCCUGUGGCCAAGCUUGCAUUUGCUGAUGAAGCACCACCCAAGCCUCCACGGCUUUUUCUGAUGGCCAACUCCAAGGAAUCAGCUCCAUCCCCUGCAGAUUCUCCGUGCCUGAAGAGGCUGCAUGUUGAGGAGAAGCCUUGCAGCUCUCCUGUAACAGGAUUUCCAAUGCCAGCGUCUCCAAGGAAAAGGACAGUUCAGCUGGAGGAUUUUCACUGCAUUGCCAUGUUGGGCCGUGGCCACUUUGGGAAGGUACUGCUAGCCCAAUACAAGGCAACUGGGAAGCUGUAUGCCAUCAAAGCCUUGAAGAAAAAAGACAUUAUUAGGAGAGAUGAAAUUGAUAGCUUGAACUGUGAGAAGCGAAUAUUUGAGGUGGUCAAUUCUUCUGAUCAUCCGUUCCUUGUGAACAUGUUUGCCUGUUUCCAGACCCCUCACCAUGCCUGUUUUGUGAUGGAAUACACUCCAGGUGGGGAUCUCAUGAUGCGCAUACACGAAGAUGUCUUUCCAGAGCAUAUGGCACAGUUUUAUACAGCCUGUGUAGUCUUGGGGCUGCAAUUCUUGCAUGAGAAGAAAAUUGUUUAUAGGGACCUGAAAUUGGAUAAUCUCCUUUUAGAUGCUGAAGGAUUUGUGAAGAUUGCAGAUUUUGGACUGUGUAAGGAAGGAAUAGGUUUUGGAGACCGGACCAACACCUUCUGUGGCACCCCUGAGUUCCUGGCCCCAGAGGUGCUGACAGACAUCUCGUACACGCGGGCAGUGGACUGGUGGGGCCUGGGUGUGCUCAUUUAUGAGAUGCUUGUUGGUGAGUCACCAUUCCCUGGAGAUGAUGAGGAGGAAGUCUUUGACAGCAUUGUCAAUGAUGAAGUUCGGUAUCCACGAUUCCUUUCAACUGAAGCACUUGCCAUAAUCCGUAAGCUGCUUCGGAAAUGUCCAGAGCGUAGACUGGGAGCAGGGGAAAAAGAUGCAGAAGAGAUUAAAAUUCAGCCCUUUUUUAAGGGAAUUGAUUGGAAUGCCUUGUUUGCCAGGAGGCUGAAGCCCCCCUUUGUGCCCACACUGAGAGAUCCAACUGACAUCAGCAACUUUGAUGAAGAGUUCACCUCCCAAAAGCCAAUCCUUACUCCUCCUGAGGAGGUUUCUGUCCUAACCAGGAAGGAGCAGACUGUCUUCAAGGACUUUGACUUUGUUUCCAGACAUCUUUUAGAUGUGUGAUUCCUGGGCUACAAGAAACAUGAAGAGAUUGUUACCACCUUGAGAGAGCAUAGAGAAGACUUUGCAGGGCCAGUGGAAAAGCCAGCAGGGUUUGUAGUACAGGGAGUGCUGAUGGCCCCAGCAUGAGGUGCCCUGCAAGCUGAAUGUGGCUUUCCAGCCUCAUAUGUAGGAAGGAUGUCAAUUACCUUUAAGGAAUAAUGAACAUUUUUGAACGUAGAUGAAAUUUGGAAUUUAAGCUGGACUUGAAAUCAAAUCAUCUCUGCAACCCAGGUUACUCUUUGCAAAAAGCCUAAGUAAGUAGUGUGAUUUUUAAAGUUGUAGCAUAGCAGGGGAGUGGCCACUUCUCAGUGAUUUUCUAGAGAUGCAGCAUUUCCUCCUGGUAAUGAUUGUAUGCCAUUUCCCACUCAUAAAAAUGUGUAUGCCAGCCAAGGAAUGGAUUUUAACACUACCAAGACAAUGAUGUUUGAUAAUGAUCCAAGUGAUUUAUUGGAAGGAAGAUGAAUCUUUCUAUUUAAGGAUGCCAACUCUUAACUAUUGUUUAUAAUGAUAUCAAACUCCACAGCUUUGCACAUGUUGUUUUUUUUUCUUUUUUGAAAAUAAAGAUACCUUUCUAUAUAAUAAAUACUCAGCUUUUCAUCU